CACGGUGAAUGCGGCACCUUUACAGGAACAGAUGACUGACAGGGAGGCCAAACCCAUGCUUCUUGCAGCACUUUUUCUGUCAACGUUUUUCACAUUUGCACCAUGCUCAGGGGCAAAUGUUAAAAUUGGUGUUCCUGAAAACUACGAUGGCAUUUUCCCAUGGUAUCUAGCUAAGCUUCCCAACCUACCAACUAAUUACUCUGACCUGGUGUUAACUGGAGAUGAUGAGGGGAUAUUUGGAGUAGAUGCCCAGUUUCUGUAUGCAAUAAAACCGCUGGACAGAGAGAAACAGCCAUCUUACUCUUUACAGGUGUUCUUUAAACCAGCAGGCGCCAUUCAGAACGUCAGAUCGUCAGCUCAUCGACAAAGCUUCACAGUGGAAGUAUGUGUCAUUGAUAAGAACGACAAUGUGCCCACCUUCAUAGAAGAGAGCAUGAGAGGCAGCGUGCAGCUUGGGCUUCUCAAAGGGAUUCCAUUCAUGCAAGUAGAGGCGCAUGAUCGCGACGACCGUGAUACAGCUCAUGCUGAAUUGCGGUUCAGCCUGAUGGAACAAACACCCAGGAUUCCCUCCAGUCAAAUGUUCUGCAUUGACUCCAUUACUGGAGAGGUUUCCCUCACUGAAGAGGGAGCCUCUACCCUGGACCCAGAAAUGUGUGGCCGCUAUAAACUUUCCGUAAUGGUGAAAGACAUGGCCGGGAGGACUAAUGCUUUCUUCACCACUGGUAUUGUUACUGUUGAGGUUACUGGAAACACUUGGGCAUCGCCUGACCCUGUGCGACUUCAGGAGAAUCUCCCAGGUCCUUACCCCAUUCCCAUAUCACAGGUCAAAUGGAGUGGAAGCCAGGCAGAGUACAGUUUGGAUGGGGAGUUUCCAGAGAUGCUCUUCACCAUCAGUAGAGAUGGUGUCAUCUAUCUUAAUGCGCCUUUGGACAGAGAGACACAAGACCAGUUUCUCAUAAGUAUUGUGGUUGAGCGUCCGGAUGGCAGACAAAUCGCAAAGCCUGUGGAGCUGAGAGUGAUGGUGGGCGACGCCAAUGAUAACAGACCCACAUUUCCUCAGGCCCAGUACCAUACCGUGGUCAAGGAACUGGCUGCUAGGGGAACAGACAUCCUUACAGUUCAGGCAGCCGACAAUGAUGAUCCUAAAACAGACAACGUUCGGAUCUUCUACCGUUUGGUCGGGCAAAUUCCAGAGAGUCCUCGUGCCCUUUUCAGAGUGGACCGGGACUCGGGUGUCAUUUCAGUCCAGGCAGACAGUAUGGAGGGCACAGCACCUCAAUACACCCUAACCAUCACUGCUGAGGAUGCAAAAGGUCUAAACAGUUCCUGCACCGUGGUUGUGACGGUUCAAGAUGAAAACAACAACCCACCAGUCUUCUCCCAGCAUGAGUAUGGGCCAUUUCACAUUCCAGAGGAUGCUCUUGUGGGAACCACAGUUACAGCUGUGUUGGCAAGGGAUGCGGAUGUUCGAGGUGGGGACAGCUGGCAGGUGGACUACCAUUUAGAGUCUGGUAAUGAGGAGGAUGUCUUUACACUGGUGACAGACAGGCAGACCAAUGAAGUUUCACUCGUUCUCUCAAAGUUGUUAGACUUUGAACGUGAGAGCGAGUACAUACUUGUGCUCAGUGCCCAGAACCCAGUUCCUCUGGUCCGUGGCCGAUAUGGCCCAUUAUCAACAGCAACAGUCUCCAUUUAUGUUGAUGAUGUGAACGAGGGUCCAGUUUUGUCACAAAGCCAUUAUGAGGUGACCGUCAGAGAAGGGGAGGAACCAGGCCGCGUCAUCGCCACCAUCCGAGGCUAUGAUCCUGAUUCCCACCCAAUAAGAUAUUCUCUUCAAGGAGACACCAAAAAAUACUUCUCAAUUGGGAAAUAUUCAGGUGAACUGAAGACUGUGCAUGCAUUGGACAGAGAGGAAAACAGCACAUACACCAUGGAGGUCAUUGCAGUUGAUGGACGAAACUCUUCUUUAUCUGCAUCCACCCUGGUGACCGUCCAAAUCCUGGAUGUAAAUGACAAUAGUCCAGUUCUGGUUGGAGACUAUUCAUGGAAAUACCUGUGCACACCUCGAUGGGAAGACCAAGCUCUAGUACUGGCUUCACGGGACAGCGAUGGUCCACAACAUGGUGGAAGACUUAAUUUCUCACUGCGGGGUGAUGCAACAGUGCGACACAACUGGAAGCUGACACCCAUAAAUGAUACUCACACUAACUUGUCAUUAAACAUCCCAUACCUGCCACCUGAAGUUUACAUGGUCCCUUUCACCAUCUCCGACAGCAGCUCUCCUCCUCGAAGUACCUUCAUAAACCUACCAGUAACAGUGUGUCCUUGCAACAUCAGAGGAAACUGCAAAAUAGCUGCCAAGCCGCUGCAGGGCAUGCCAACUAUUCAGUCUGCAGUGGGGACUUUGCUUGGUACCUUUGCAGUCAUAGGAAUCAUCCUCAUCGUUAUUUUCGUGAGAUUGUCCUAUCAAAACUCCAAAGAGCCAAGCAAAAGCAGCCAGGAGAGAGAUCCACUGAAUAUAUCCAUCUAACUAGUAUAUAAAGACAAUUAUUACAUUUUUUUAUCACUGUCUUUAGUAUAUCUGCAGCAAUGUACCUUUGUUAUUUGUCAAAGUUAAUAUUUUCAACCCUAUUCAGUGCAUAAGUCCCUUUUCAUUUAACUCAAUUGAAGUUUGUCUUUUUCUAUCUUCAUAGAUGUGUUUCUUGGUUCUACAAUGUGUUUUUUUAUAUUUACUAAGCAGCGCUAAAACCAUGUUAACAAAAUGUGAAGAAUGACAAGAAUCUAUGGAGCUUAAAAAGAGGCAUCUAUAAUGUUUAACUUUAUACUUCUGCAACUCUUGACUUGCUCUUUUAUCACCAACUCUUCUGUAAUCUUUGAAAUAUGUAUUUGAUAGAUGAGGCUUUCUGUUUAGUUCAAACUAUAUUCUUAAGCAAAAUUCU